CGUUUUUAUGUCCUUAAGAUUUAAAACAGAACAGAAACAGGCGCUUUGGCGGUUGCGGAUUCAUAUAAUUUAUAUUAUAAUCUCUUAUUUUUUGUAUUGUUUCUCUGUUAACAGAUUACCGGUAUAACACGAUAAUGUUUUGAUCUUCGUCAGAUAUGUGCCAGGAACAGGAUGGAGACUGACUAGGCUCGGAAAUUUCAGAUAUCUUGAGCACCUUAUGCAAAGCUUAAAUGAAGCAGAACUGUACACAUACCACACUUCCCAAAUUCUCGUUCAUUUUCAUGUUCCUAAUUAAUAUUCUUACAGAUUCUUCCAUUGGAAUGACUUCUAUCUCCCUUAUGUGCAGUUCCAAUUCCAAAGCAGUUCUUAUGGGAUAUCUGGAAGAUGAGUUAUCUGAAGUCAAAAAACUUUGCGAACAUGUUGUGGCCGGCACAAAGUUGGUUUCAUGUGUACGGACAAUGGUUCGCGUUGAAAUAAAAAAAACCGUACAUAAAACAAUCACUGUAUGUGCUCAAUUUCCAGAAGACUACCCAAACAGUCCUUUACUGUUUGAGCUUAAAAGUAAGACCUUAUCUGAUAAGCUGCUUGUUGGGUUAACACGAAUUUGCGAACAAGAAGGCAAGAAACUAUUAGGUAAAUCUCAAAUUCUACCCCUAUUAAAGUUUGUGCGUAAAUUUAUCGAUGAAAACUCCCUAAUUUGCUGCUAUGAUGAAAUAAACGCAUUGAAACUAAUCCUUAGUGGUAAGGAUCAACUGAAACUAAAGCAGAAAAGCUCUACCGUCGUAUUGAAGGUCUAUAAUGAAGAGUACUACUUGAUUGGACGGGUGAUGGUGCCAGAUAAUUACCCAUCGACUGCAGUUGAUAUACAACAGGUGGAAACGAAUUUUACAACUCCCUUUUACACGCACAUGAUUGCCCAGGCAAAAGAGAUUGCUCGGAGAUGUGUGGAAGCCCCGCUACACCCAAAGCCAAAUGCUGCACCUUUCGUGCCUAUUCCUUCGAUGGAAAAAACUCUGCUUUUCCUAAUAGACUGUGUAAAAAGACUUCCGUUUGAAGAGUGCCCGUUUUGUACGGAAAAAUGUUUUCCAUCUGACGCAAAGCUUUUAGAACGUGACCCAAACUCGCCAAAUCAUAUUGAACGAGUAUACUGUGGUCAUGUAUUCCACCAAGGAUGCCUGCUAGAGUUUAUGAAGCAGCCACCGUUUGGAAAUAAAAAAUGCGCUAAAUGUGGAGCCAAGCUCUAUCACUUUAAAUGGUCACAGAGCGACAAAAAGGCAGAAGCAAGAUGGGCACAUGAGCAAGCCAGAGAUAGGGAAUUGCAAGAAGUAUCUGAUUUUCUAAAAUGACAUAGUUUUGUGCAUUGUGAUAUUUGUAGUAAGUGACGAUGGUUUUCUGUUCUAAAUGUGAUAAUAUAAUUUGAUUUUGAAUAAAAUCAUAUUUAUAAACACUA